AAGCCGAAUCAACAGCGCAGCGAAUGGGGAACUCUUUCGCUACAAGCAAUGGGCCUCGGUCGGCUGGGAAGCAGGAAGAACGGGUGGAGCGGCAGGGUUCUGCUGCUCUCGGGCCGUUUUCUUUUGACGAAUUUUCUCUCCUCGAGGAACUGUUCAUGAGCCUUGCCGAUGCCGAAGGGAAGCACAUCGACCCACAAAAGUUUCGGGAACACUUCGCGCUCGAAGGCGCGGACUGGUUCUCUGACCGACUGCUGGCCAUGUUUCUGGAGGAAGGAAAGGUCCGGACAGGCUCGGAUGCGGGCAAGCUCGACCUAGAAGGGUUUCGAGAAGGAGUGGCAUUGACUGGGAGAAGCAGCCGGUCGGGGAUGGUUCAGGCGCUGUACAACAUCUGUAAUCCUACCGGGGCGUCUUCCUUGGAUCAACAGCAGGUGAGCGUCUCCGAAGAAUCAACACACGCCAAGAAUUCAUUCAAUUCAUGUUUUUGUUUGUCGAUUGUGUUUCAUGUCCUCGGUCUCUUUCUCAAUGUUUAGUCCGCCGUUAUGGUCGGAAAGGGACACACGGGUACGGCACGACCGAACGCUUUCUGUUAGUCUCCAAGUCGGUCGAAUUGGAAACCACACCGGUAGCGCUAGCAGCAGAAACAACAAGAGCCACGUGAAGAACACGCUCCGUUCCCCGCCCCCGUGCAC